AUGGGCUCCUAUAAAUCCUGUCAAGCCGGUAGCUACAGCUCAACAGACAGCUCAUGCUCAAAAAGCACGGCAGCAACAAUCCACAGCGACCGAAUAGCCCCCAAACCACCCAAAGAAGACUGGGCAGCCAAUCCAGCCAGCCAAAAACACACCUACAGAUACGAAGUUGGAACCGAAGACGAAGUAAAUUACGAGUGCCGCGAGCCACAUCCCUGCGCCUCAACCUCAACCUACGCCUCAACAACAUACUCCACAGCUGAGCUCGACUCUGAGCCCCAAGCAAUCGAGGCCCCCACCCCCCACGAAGACCGCUACUGGGUAAAUGAGCGGCAAGAGUUCUACCCACUAGACGCAAUUCCUUCAACACCUUCAUCAUUCGCGCCUCUCUUCCCCUCUUCGCGGCGACUGCUCAUCCGCCACGACGAUGCAACCAUCGACGGCAACAUGAACCUGCGCGUCGACACGCCCGUCCACCUCCGCGACGGCUCUCAUCGCAAUGUCAUCCUCUUCCACCUGCGCAUGUAUGACCUUUUCUCGCGGAAGUUCUCAUUCCGGCGGUAUUGCCGCGACUCGGGGCGCGAGGUGUGCCAUUCUGCAAGGCGGGAGGUGGUGCCUGCUCAUGAGCGAAGGCCUGCGCUGCGCACCUCAUGGAGUAGUGUUUUUGCUGGGUUAAGGCCUGGUUCGGCCGGUGGCCAUUCUCUGCCGAAUGGGGAGCUGAAGAGGCAGGAUUCUGGGCUUGCGGCUUGUUGCGGACAUGCUGCGGGAGAAGAGGUAGAUAAGGGGACGACUGAGGAGGGUGAGUUGGAAAAGGAAGGACAGGGCGCUUUGCCGAUACUGGGUGAGACGAUCUUGCUCGAAUUCUCGAAUUAUGCGCAUGUCGAGCUGCGCCGCAAAGGACCUGGCUCGACUAAAAAAUACGAGUUCGAGUAUUGGUCCACGAAGUACCAGUGGCGGAGGGAGGUCCGCAAAGAGGGUGAUCUGCAUGAAGUGUCUUAUUUCUUGGUUGACACGCGCACUUCCAAGACUAUUGCGCAUUUGGUGCCGGAUACAUUGGCGCCACUGGAGGUCGUUGAAGAGGAGAGUAAAGGGGGUUGGGUGCCCCCAUCUUCAUUGUGGAUCAGUGAUCCUGAAGUCUACAAGACGAUGCCUGAUGUUGCCGAGUAA